UGCUCUUUGAAGAAAUUCCUUCAACCAAGGUGUUACUUUUCCAAAGUGAUUGCUCAGAAUAAGCUAGAAGUGCUUCCUUGGAACGUCUUUGUUUCUGUCGGCUACCGGUCCCCAUGGGCCUUAGUGUCAAGUACUUACGACCUCCCUUAAUAUUUGACAACUUGUAGUUGUGUACGUUUUACGGGACCGAUCGGUCGAUAACCUCGUCCGUUCUCCCCGAAACACAUCAGAUUUCAUAUUUUCUAAGACUGCAUUUUACAGAAAAGAAAACAGAUUAGGAUUUUACUUUCAUCUGAAUAAUACAAUAUUAGUAUACCUGAUUUCAAAAUGACAAUGAUAAGUAUUAUAAUUGUUUGCACGUCCAUCGUUCUAAUGACAGAGGGAUAUACCACAGAGUCUGACCAGAAGGAGUAUGUUCUUAACUUAACCAAUAACCAAAAAGAAGACAUGAAGAAACUUGCUCUUUCAUUAAGAAGCUGCGGUGUGAACUUAAAACUACCAAAGAUGCACUUAAGACUGUUGAAAAAUCAAUCAAUAACAUGUAACGACGGAUCACCUGCAGGGUAUUAUCUACGUAAGAUAAGUGACAGUAAGCGAUGGCUCGUGUUUCUACAAGGUGGAACAUAUUGUUAUGAUCGGUCAAGCUGUAACUGGCGGAGAGAUAAUUCACCUAGACUAACAGGGUCUCGGACAUGGCCACAAACAGAGAAGGGUACUGGUAUUUUAUCAGCUGAUCCAGUUGAAAAUCCAAUUUGGUGGAAGUCAAAUGUUGUCAUGAUACCAUACUGCUCGAGUGAUGUUUGGAGUGGAACCAAAUUCACAUCUGAAACAGGUUACUCGUUUAUGGGGUCUUUGAUUAUUAAGGAGGUGCUUCGUGAACUCUUAACUGUCGGUCUCUUAGAAGCCAAGCAACUCGUUCUUGCUGGUAGCAGUGCUGGUGGAACAGGAGUUCUUUUAAACUUGGACAGUAUUCGAGACUGGUUGGCCUCGGUUGGUAGUAACGUGGAGUUACGGGGAUUGGUCGAUUCCGGUUGGUUUUUGGAUAUGGAACAGUUAAAGGAGACAAGAUGCGAUAGUUCAAUUUUCUGUAAACCUUCAGAGGCUAUUGCAAAAGGAGUCAGAUUAUGGGGAAGCUCCGUGCCAUCAUCCUGUCUGGAGAUGUAUGGAGCUGGUAACGAGUGGAAAUGCUUUUUUGGAUUUCGUAUCUACCAAACGCUGAGGACUCCUGUAUACAUUGUGCAGUGGCUAUAUGACGAAGCGCAAUUGACGAUAAACUUGGUCAGUCUCACCCCGCCCACAGAACUUGAAGAAUGGAGCUAUAUGCAGAAAACUGCCAAAGAAAUGCGAGCAUCACUUAAGAAUGUAUCGGCUGUGUUUGCAACAUCUUGUUAUGGUCAUAUGAUCCUUGAGAGUAUAGACUGGACUAAAAUACAAGUUCGAAAUGUCUAUCUUCAUCAUUCUAUAAGUUGCUGGUUGGGUAUGAGCACGGAGAGCAAUGCACUUCAUCCGCACCGGUCAACCAGUUCUACAACAACAGUAGCUCUACCGUCUACUGUAAGUCCGAACACGCAACAAACACAAAACACAGAAAGAGGAAAAAGUUCAGGGUUAUUCGGUUUGUUUUGGAAGCGAAGUGCAGAAUCGAGAAGACAAUUUAAGAAUAAUCGCAAAAGGAGAACUAAAAAGGAAGGAAACUCAAACAAUAAAAAGAAUAAUGAUGAAAAUAGCAACAAUAGGCCUAGGUCUAUUGGUAACCAGGGCGUAGUUAGCGACGAUCCAGGGGUUGGAAUAUCUCUACGGAACUCCAGGAACCGUUGCCAACACCAUCUGCUAGACCAUGCUGAUUGUCCGCAUUGUAAUAACCCUACGUGUCCUAAAAUCAAGAAUCGAUACACAGGAGAAGAAAUGGAUUUCUUGCAGUACAUGCGUUUAUGGGGACUAGAUGUGUCGGACAUAGCAAAGCAAGUUGGAGUUGACUCGUACCAGCUCUUGCAGAUGAUGAACCCGUCGUCUUGAUAGGUGGUGCUUACUCAAGAUUUUAUUUUGCUCGUUUUUAUAAUUUUAAUUUAACUCUUUUAUUAAUUAAAUGGGAAACUUUAAUAUGCGAGCAAAAUUGUAUCAUAAAACCUAUCUUUAAAAAAAUAUCACUAGAUUAUAGACCUACACACAUGCAUUUUGUUAUGAAACGUACGUGUAUCUUUUCGUAUACUUUUCAAAAUUCCAACGUAUGACAUAAGAAGCCCUGUUGAAAUUAGCUUAACUUUUCAAGGCCUGAACACAACUAUGCAUGCGCAAUUAAAAUGUAGGUGGAGUCAACGUUUAUGCUAUGAUAUCGAUAACUUCCUAUUCAUAAUAGGGUUAUUUGAGCAGAGGUUUGUUUGGAGAUUUUUAUGGGCAUCAUUAUGCAUGCGUUUGCUGUUCAUCAAUCGAUCAACUAGUCUAUUAUAUUUUCAGGAAAUAACGUAGAUUUUAAACACCUGAGUUGAGUCGAAAUCGUUAACUUCAUUAUUAUGACUAAAAGAAAACGAGUUUUCUGUUACAUUAAUUUGUACGUCUCAAUGUUUCAGAUUUUGAUACGGCCACGAACACAAUACAGUUUCCAUUUGAAACUUACAUUGUACAUAAAAUAUAUUGCUUUGCAUGUUUAAAACACUUAAUGCAGUUGAAUAAAAUAUUUUAUAAUCCCAAAAGUUCAUAUUUUGAGAUACUGUAAAUAGUAUUCUAAUGAAAUAUUAUGUAGACAAACACAAUAUGUGGUGAAACCAUUGUCUCUGUGUGUCUUUAUGCGUAGUUCCGUUUAUAUUUUAAUUUAUUCCUUAACAUAGCUAUGUACUACUACAUCUGAAUAUAUCGUUUUCUAUAAUUCAAACUUUAAAAAAAA